AUGACGUGUGGGCGCCACCACCACCGCUCAACGAUAUACAGCAUGGCUUCGCGAAUUGCCGCCAUAUCGCUGUGGCUUGGAGCAAGUUUCGUACUUGGACUCCGAGACAUCCAACUCAGCGUGCCCGAAGCAGUCGGCAUGGGUUCCAGCGCCACCCUGGGCUGCCGAUGGUCCCUGGACACGGGGGAGGCCCUCUACACAGUGAAGUGGUACCACGGUGCGCAGGAGUUCUUCCGUUUCGUCCCCAAGGAACUACCCAACACCAGGGUCUUCUCGCAGACUGGAAUCAGUGUCGAUGUGUCAAGAUCCGGUGCCCAGCAAGUGGUGCUCCGGGGCGCCACCCGCGGCCUGAGCGGGCGGUACCGGUGCGAAGUGUCGGCCGAUGCGCCCUUCUUUCACACCGUCUACAAGAGCGCUUACAUGAGAGUUGUUGAACUACCCGAAGCGGAACCGCUGGUCCGAGCUCAGAAGAGUUGGUACUCCGUCGGUGACAUGCUUCGGGCCAACUGCACCUCGCCUCCCGCCGAUCCCCCUGCUAACUUGACCUGGCUGCUCAACGGACAAGAGGUGAAAGGGCUCGACAUUCCGCCGCACGACCCGUCGUUCGCGCGGAGAAAACCUGUGAUAACUGACACGUCUCUCGAAGAUGCUAAUAGAAUUAUAUUCAGUCCUUGGGACGCAAUCUCGGGGUUCGAGGAGCCGGUCACAGACAACGUGAUCGACAUACCGGGCAAUAUCGGAGGCAUAGUAGGCAUUCCCGACGUCUACAGCAGUCGGAAAAACAAGGAGGAAACCGCCACGCGGCUCGCGCCUACGUCCGAGCUAAUAGCAAAUAAAUUGAACAUUAGUACCGAAGAGGAGAAAUCUAAUAAAUCAUCCUCGUUCAGCCAGCUUGUUAUAAGAGUACAGAGUGUACAUUUCCGAAAAGGUCGCCUGAACGUGACGUGCGUUGCACACGUGCUGUCCGUGUGGUCUGCCAGUGGAGUGCUGCUCUUAGACGAAGAGCGGCCGCAAAUCGCGCCCGUCAUGGGCAGCCGAGACUCCAGUUCAGGUCCCAGGAGCGUCGCCAACGUCGCCCCACUCCUCCUCUCAUGUAUAUACAGCUAUUGGUCAAUCCGAUGAUGAGAAGAAUAAGGAAAUAUGAUAGAGAUGACAUUUUCUUAUAAAAAUCAGUGUUAGACUUACAGAAAGUUUUAGUGAACAUUUAUGAACUAUGC